AUGCAGGGCAGGGAGAACAAGCACAGCUUCAGACUCGCGGAAGCUCCCCCGGCCAAGCUUUCCACCUGGAAGACGUUCCAUGCCACCCCGCACAUCGAUAUCAGCACGAAGCUGCUGAAGAGCGUCACGGCCGACGGAGGGCACGGCAGGGAAUUGUCGUCCUUCUCAUGA